CUGUGAUGUAGCACCAUAGUGGAUUGUGUACAUUGACCCGCUGUCCCUGCACUACCCUUGCAACCUCACAAUCCGUGCAUUGCAUGGAUCCGUCGCCGAACCCACUACCCAUCAUACCUACUCCCAUAUAACAGGUCAAGGUUCUAAUCCAGCUCGUGCCUAGCCCCCAAGCCCUGGUCAAACAAUCUGAGUAUUACCAACCUUGGGUUUCCUCUUUUCUCUGCCAUCCCUUCUUUUUUUUCUUCGAUCGUCUUACUUCUCAACACCCACAAACACGCCUCAUCUCCAGCCUCAACAACGUUGCCACUUCACCAUCUAUCCUAUCGUUCCCGAUUAAGAACCUUGGAACGCGACAAGGCACGAUCGCGUCAUUUACCCACGACGACUUCUCUCCUUAUUCACGCCGACCCUGCCCUCUGUGACACGACUAUGCCCAUCGUUGCUUAACGGGACCUUGUCAAGUCUCGUUUCGAUCUUGCAAUUGGGUUGCGGGUGGGAGAAUCCUCGCGUGUGAGGCGUAAUAGAAGUUGCGGUAAUCCUUAUCGGAGAGGUUGAGAAUUCGCGAUUUUUUUUUAUCGGUCAUCCAAUAUCCCUAAUAUCGAGAAGAGAAAAAACAUCCCAACAAAAACAAUAUCAUCUAUUGAUAUAGAGCUUUCGACUUCAAUCCGGCGAUAAUCCAUACGCGCGCCGAUUAAUAUCUUCAAAAUGUCGAUGUAUCAGCAUCGCGGCAUACCGCAAAAUGCGGCGCGUCUAAACGAGCUCCUGGAGCAGAUUAGGAAUGAAUUUGACAACCAAGUCCGGAUAAACGAAGGAUACGAACAACAAAUUCAACAGCAAGUGCAAGAAGCAAAUUUAAUCCGUGAGAAGGUUUAUCAACUAGAACAGUCGCAUAUGAACAUUAAAGCGAAGUAUGAAGAAGAGAUGGUCAUACUUCGCCGUCAGCUAGAGGCCGCACGAGGCGGUGCCCCUCAACCCACCAUACCUGGUCCACCUCAACACGGCGGCCCAUCCGCAGGCCCUCCCCCUCCUUCAAUCGGCAUGGGUGGCAACCUCUUCAGCGGUAUUAUGGCAGGUCAAGGAGGGCAGGGCGGCGGCCUACCGCCACAGCCCACCCCUCAAGAGCAAGCCCCUCCUGGGCCACAGCAUCAAAUGCCUCAGCCUCCUCCAGGGCUACAAGGUCCUCCCCCCCCUCCGCCGCCACCGGCGCAACAACCCCCUUUCCAGCAACCAUACCAAGGACCGGCCCCAAACGGAUUUCCUGGCCAGCCUCCCCAGAGCACCGCUUCACCCGGCCCGGGCAAGCGCGGCAUUGGUAGACCUCCGGCUGGCGGACCGGCUACUCCCCAGAUUAACACCCCUAUGCCCUACGCCGGACCAGGUGCCUCACCGCAAGUGGCAAACCACCCGACUCCUGAUCACAGGGCUCUGCCACCUCAUCCCGGUCCCAUGGUGAACAAUGCUCUUGGCGACUUGGAUGUCGAACGUCUCCCCGCUCACGUUAAAAAAACUCGGGACGAUUGGUUCGUGAUCUUCAACCAACAAGUCCCGCGUAUGCUAGACGUUGACCUAGUCCACACUUUGAACCAUGAGAGCGUCGUGUGCUGUGUUAGGUUCAGCCACGAUGGUAAAUAUGUGGCAACAGGUUGCAAUAGGUCUGCUCAAAUUUACGACGUGGCUACUGGCGAGAAGGUGUGCGUUCUACAAGAUGAAAACGUCGACAUCUCCGGGGAUCUAUAUAUCCGUAGUGUAUGUUUCAGUCCCGACGGAAAGUAUCUUGCAACUGGUGCCGAGGACAAACUCAUUCGCGUUUGGGAUAUUGCCAACAGAACAAUUCGCAACACCUUUGCGGGCCACGAGCAAGACAUCUAUUCACUGGAUUUCGCUCGGGAUGGACGCACAAUUGCUUCUGGUAGUGGCGAUAGAACCGUUCGACUAUGGGAUAUUGAACAAGGUACUAAUAUGCUAACCCUCUCUAUUGAGGAUGGCGUUACCACUGUUGCUAUCUCCCCUGACACUAAGUAUGUCGCUGCCGGAUCUCUUGACAAGAGCGUUCGCGUUUGGGAUAUCCACCAAGGAUAUCUUUUGGAGAGGCUCGAAGGACCCGAAGGCCACAAGGACAGUGUCUACUCCGUCGCUUUCUCUCCUAACGGAAAGGACCUCGUGAGUGGUAGCUUGGACAAGACUAUCAAGAUGUGGGAACUCUCGACACCCAGAGGUGUGCAGAACCCUGGCCCCAAGGGGGGCAGAUGUGUCAAGACAUUCGAGGGUCAUCGAGACUUUGUACUUAGCGUCGCACUCACCCCCGAUGCUAACUGGGUCAUGUCGGGAUCGAAGGACCGCGGCGUGCAAUUCUGGGAUCCUCGAACUGGUUUUACGCAACUCAUGCUCCAGGGUCACAAGAACUCGGUUAUCUCCGUGGCUCCCAGCCCCACUGGUGGGUACUUUGCAACUGGUUCCGGCGAUAUGAGAGCGCGUAUCUGGUCAUACAGGUCAAUAUCAUGAGCAGAGACAGGUCGUUGAAACAGAAUUGGGUAUCCACAAUAGACGAGAAAAAACAGCGGCAAUUCAAAGAUUUACUUGGGGGACCUGGAAUGCAAACUUUUCUCGUUUUCCAAAUCGGAUUUCGCCUUGGGGGGGAAGAUGUGUACGCGUAGGGUUUAAGGGUGAUUUUAAAGAGUUUAGCUACCUCCAGAGCUUAGGAAAACUCUGGCUUACUUAGUACGGGAGUUGAUAUGGCCUUCGGGGGCCUUCAUCUGGUCCUUCUCUCUUUGCUAACAUGAAUGCAAGCUAUUCAGACGACGAUGGUUGAUUGAAGUGUGGAUACACUGUGUACUUGGAGAGCAUCGGGGCAAAAAAGUUAUUUUUUGUAGCGGUCUCUUGGCUUGAUGGGGCUUAGAAGGACUGGUUUUUUCUUUUUUUUCUAAGAAAAGAAAAAAAAUCUUAAGUGUUAAACAAACACGUGUAGCUUUAUGUCACAAGUACCUAAUGCUUGGCGAGUUUUGAUAGUAACGCAGGAAAUCAGCUUAAAAAUUCAACUUCAU